CCCGAACUUACGCAGGUCACCGUUCGUUGAAAGUCGCAAGUUUCCAGAUCAUCAUCAUCACCACUGCGUACACCACCCGCCGCCAACCAUCGCGUCACUAUUCGACCUUCAACGCGUAUUCAACUCAUCAAAAUUCUGCAUCGAUCCCGAUAUGCCGCCGCAAAUCAAACACGAUCUUAACCGCUCCGGUUGGGAGGCGACCGACUUCCCCUCCGUUUGCGAAAACUGCCUGCCCGAGAACCCUUACGUCAAAAUGCUCAAGGAAGACUACGGUGCCGAAUGCAAGCUUUGCACCCGCCCGUUCACCGUCUUCAGCUGGGCCGCCGAUCGCGCUCACGCCCGCAAGAAGCGCACCAACAUCUGCCUCACCUGCGCUCGCCUCAAGAACGCCUGCCAAUGCUGCAUCCUCGAUCUUCAGUUCGGUCUGCCCAUCAUCAUCAGAGACAAGGCCCUCGAACUUGUGGCCCCCGGACCGCAGAGCGAAAUCAACCGCGAGUACUUUGCCCAAAACAACGAGCGCGCGAUUGAAGAAGGAAGAGCUGGUGUAGAGGAGUACGAGAAGGCGGACGAAAAAGCCAGAGAGCUGCUUAGGAGGCUGGCACAAAGCAAGCCCUAUUUCAGGAAGGGCAGGGAGGUCGACGAGGAGGGUAACCCCGUUAACGGAUCAUCGAGUGGCGCAGGACGGGCGACGGGAGGCAAUCCUGCUGUGGGAGCCGGUGUUGGUGGGGUUGGUCCGAUUCGCACGAGAGAUUCCAGGGCGGCCGCAGCUGCUGGCGCCAGACCCGGCGGCGGACGAAGACCCAACGCAGCUCCGGCGCCUCCUCCGGGACCCAAGGACUGGCUGCCACCGGCCGACAAGAGCAUAAUGUCCCUCUUCGUCACCGGUAUCGAAGAUGAUCUGCCUGAGUUCAAGAUUCGCGACUUCUUCAAGGCGUUCGGAAAGAUCAAGUCGCUGGUGGUGUCGCACAUGUCGCAUGCCGCGUUCGUCAACUACGAGACUCGGGAGGCUGCUGAGAAGGCUUCAGCGGAGUGCAAAGGCCGUGCUGUCAUUGCCGGAUGCCCCUUGAGAGUUAGAUGGAGCGUGCCCAAGGCGUUGGGAACAAUGAACAAGGAACAGCGUUCGGAGAUGCUACGAGAUGGUCGGUCGGCCUUUGGCAGUGGUCAAAAGACAGGUGGCCAAAAGGCGAUCGGGGGACAAAAUGCCCAGGGUGGCGCAUCAGGAGCGCAGAAAGACGACGCAUCUAACCUCACUAUCGCAGCGCCGCCCGGUGCGGCAGACGUACAGUACGCCAGUCUCUCUGGCAACUAAGCGGGGUCAGAAAAGUGCUUAUUAAUCAUGGUAUUGCAAGGCGUUCGGAGGCUAUUAUGAUUUGGGGUUUGGGCUCAGGGUAUCUCGGAUACGUUGCAUUUCCUGAUAUCGCAUGGUCUCUUCCACUAGUUUUCUACAUUGAGGGGUAUCAUUGAUGAUUUAUACAUAUACACGGGCAACGGCACUGUCCUGUUGUCCCAUUACGUUCUCACGAACUUGAGCUUCCAAAAUCCUUGUGUUAUCC